AUGAGUGAGGAGUUACGAGCCGUAAAGAAGCAAUUACGAGCAGAAAGGACUAGUUGGAAAAAUAAAUUCAAUGGCUUAUGUGAGCAUCUUGGUUUCUCGACUGAGAUUUUGCAACCUAAAGGUAAGAAAAGUGUUGAAGUAGAAAAUUAUACUUCAGAUAGUAGUAAUGAUGAUAGUGAUGAUGAAAGUCAAUCACAAGAAGGUUCAAUGGAUUAUGGCGAUGAGGAAGAUAGUGAGUCAGAUAGUGGUUCAAUGGAUUCUGGAAAUGAGGAUGGUAGCGAAUCCGAUGGAGAUUCAAUGGAUGGCAACCACCUCUCAGAUUAG